AUGUCUUCUUCACAAAUUUACAAAAGUGAAAUCUUUCACGAUGAAGUGGAAGUAGUUCCAUCUUCUGUAGCUGUUCCUUCGAAUACGUUGCCACACCCAGGUUCUCCCAAUCUGUUUCCAAAAGUGUUAGCAAUAAUCAACACACUAAAAACCUCAAAGAGUUCUAUUGGUUCUUUAACUCAAAUUUUGACAAGUACACAAGGCUCUUGUCAACUCAUUCGUGUCUUAAAAAAUCUUUCAACUGAGGAGACCAAACACUUCACAACAAUAACACUCCCAGUCAUUUUUGAUCUUGCAAUAUUAUCAUUGAAAUAUAUUCAGUCACCAAUUCCACAACUUAAAAUGACUACAAAAGGCGUUGUGGAAUUGACCCGUCGCCAGGUGGCGGGGCUUCUUGCGUUGUCGCUUUUGGGAUUCUAUACACUUCCCCAGACCUUCAGAGACGUCUCAAUAUUCCCAAUCGUCUUCUUUGGCGGGAAAGUGCAGGCGACAAAGCUUCGUGCGUACAUCGCUUACUUUGACGGCAUUCUCCGAUUCUCAAAGGACGACACGGCACUUGACGACGAAAUAGCAAAACUGGACUCCACUGUGGAUUCCACAAAAAUUGAAAAUUUGAAACAGUCUAAAGUUUUAGAUGAAAUUGUUGUGGUUGAAAGAAAUGUUGUGAAAAAAUUUGACUUCGCAAGAAGUGAAGUGAAAGUCGUUGGGAAUGUCGAAGUCGAUGAUGUCGGUGUUAUUGAAGAUAAACAGGGAGCACUUGAGGCGGACUUUGCUAAUAAGUAUAUUGGCGGUGGUGUGCUCAAUAUGGGUAUGGUGCAAGAAGAGAUCCUCUUUUUGAAAUGUCCAGAGUCUUUAGUCAGUUUAUUACUAUGUGAAGGGAUGGAAGACAAAGAUUCUAUUCGGAUGUAUAAUGUAAUUAAAUACUCCGAUGGGGAAGGAUAUUCCCAUGGAUAUAACACAACCAAAGAGGUGUUUUCAAAGAAGGAGUUU